CCACGUGACCUAGCCCCAUUCAAACAAACAAACACACACACACACACACACAGAGGAAAAAAAAGUUCCGGGUUGGACUAUAUAAAGCAGCUCGUCCAACGUGCGCCUUGCAGAAAGCGCUUUGAGAGUCAAGCUGUCUGGUAAUAACUGAAUAGAAAAGAAAGCAGGAAGAAAGAAGGAAAGGAAGAAGAAAUACUCAACUGGGACGCUUUCCCCCCUUCUUUUAUCUUCUACGAAUACAAAAAUCUCAAGGAAGCUUGUUUUGAGCCACGGAAUACGCGGUAUACCCUGAGUCUAAGGGUGUUGCGUUUUCCCUAGGAAUAUAAGAAAAAACAAGAAAGACACCAGCCCUUUUGGAGAGAAACAAAGAACUUUCCCGGAGCCAGGGAAGGCAGCCCUGGAGCGCGAGCAAACCUGAGAGGAUUUCCAUUCUCUCUCAUUCCUCUAACCCCAAAGAAAGGAGAGAAUUUAAAACCAGCCCUCCAGACCCCUUUUUUGUUUGCCUGUUUCGUGAUUUCUUACUCUUGAGCGGGAGCCGACUCGGCUCUCUCCUGUAUUCCCCAACUCCCAAUUUUUGCCCCCGUUAGCACACUGGGGGGGCUCCCUCGAGCAAUGGUCAAUAUGGAAAUCUGCGCCCUGGACUGCGAGAGCUUAAGAGCGCUGCUGCAGGAGCGGGCGGCUCAGUGUCUAGUUCUGGACUGCCGCUCUUUCUUCUCCUUCAACUCUUCGCACAUCCUGGGUUCCUUUAAUGUACGCUUUAGCACCAUCGUCAAGAGGCGCGCCAAGGGCGCCAUGGGACUGGAGCACAUCGUCCCUAACGAGGAGCUGCGAAGCCGCUUGCUGGCUGGCCUCUACCACGCAGUGGUGCUACUGGACGAGCGAAGCUCGGAGCUGGAGCUGUCGAAGAGGGACAGCACUCUCGUGCUGGCCGCCAGCGCCCUGUGUAGGGAGGCUCGGGCAGCGCGCAUCUGCUUUCUCAAAGGAGGAUACGAAGCCUUCUCUUCUGCCUGCUCAGAAUUGUGCAGCAAGCAGUCUACACCCAUGGGUCUGAGCCUACCUCUGAACUCCAGCGUCCCCGGCAGCGCAGAAUCAGGGUGCAGCUCCUGUGGCACACCGCUAUACGACCAGGGUGGUCCAGUGGAGAUCCUUCCUUUUCUGUACUUGGGCAGUGCAUAUCAUGCAUCCAGGAAAGAUAUGCUGGAUGCUCUGGGGAUCACAGCCUUGAUCAAUGUCUCUGCAAAUUGCCCAAACCACUUUGAGGAUCACUACCAGUACAAAAGCAUCCCUGUGGAGGACAAUCACAAGGCUGAUAUAAGCUCCUGGUUCAAUGAAGCAAUUGACUUCAUAGACUCUAUAAAGAAUGCAGGAGGAAGGGUGUUCGUUCACUGUCAGGCUGGUAUUUCCCGAUCAGCCACCAUCUGCCUAGCUUACCUCAUGAGGACCAAUCGGGUCAAACUGGAUGAGGCCUUUGAAUUUGUGAAGCAAAGAAGAAGCAUCAUCUCCCCCAACUUCAGCUUUAUGGGUCAGUUAUUACAGUUCGAGUCCCAAGUCCUAGCUCCUCACUGUUCAGCAGAAGCGGGAAGUCCUGCCAUGGCUGUGCUUGACCGAGGAACCUCCACAACCACAGUCUUUAAUUUCCCUGUCUCCAUCCCUGUCCAUUCUUCCUCUAACACUUUGAACUACCUUCAGAGUCCAAUGACCACUUCCCCAAGCUGCUGAAAGACUCAGGGAAGUUACUUGAGAACCACAUGAGGAACUUGAGGCUCCCUCCUACUGUCUAAAACAAAGUGCAAUAACUCUGGGGGAUAAUGUCUCAGCUUGGUUAUAAUGUCAUCUGGGUUCAACUCUUUCCUGAACUCCUCCGCACUUGAGAACAACAUGGGUGAACUGGACUGAAUUGACUCUAAAGUUCAUUUGUGCUCAAUUCUGAAGUGUGUCUUGGACCAAUGUCUAUGUGGUACAUCAGGUUCCUUUGAUGGAGAGAAGCAAAAGAAAGACUCUCAUAGCUCACUUGGUGGGAUGAUCUUAAUUUAAUGGCUUCUCUUCUUAGAACUUGAGUCUUGUGCUUGACAAACCUACCAGUAUUACCAUUUCUGGACACUUAGCCAGCUGAAGAGGCUGUUCCCUGUUGACAUUUAUAUAUAUAUAUAUUUACAUAUAUAUAUAUGUACACACACACAUAUACACAUUUAUACAAUGCAAAAGGUCCCAUUAUUUAUUUGUAUCGAUGUGUUCAGCUUUCACAAACCUCAGAUUCCACUUCUAGAAAAACCAAAUACCUCAAUUGUUUUUUUUUUGAGUACUGUAAUCUUGUAAAUAUUAUCCUUAAACAUUUGUUCUCUUAGCACUGACGGAAAAGCACCAGGUGAGAGUGCUUUUUUUGAGUUGCCAAGGUUGGUUGUAUGUUUGCUGAUUAUUUAUGACCUGAAAUAAUAUAUUUCUUCUUCUGAGAAGACAUUUUGUUACGUAACAAUGACUUUUUUAUACAAGCAGAAUAAAUUAUGACAUUUCUAUUGAAA